CUCGUGGUGAAAGACGCCAUCCUUGAAGAAGAGCUUCCUGCGCUCGACAGGAGCUCUCUCUCACUGAUUCCUCCCUCUCCCCGUGCACACAAGAGGCGGGGCUGAAGAAAGAUGGAAGCCCGAUCAGCGGAGCAAGUCCGUGCGCGUUGCUCUUAGCACACGUGGCCAAGAACAGAAAAAAGGACGGACGUGUUUUCUCCGCCCCUCGCAACGUUAGGCACUGGACUGAAAAACACGCCCACACGACACGCUCGCGCGAACCAGAGGCGACGAAAAGAAAAGACGGGGCGACCACUUUGGACAAUAAGUAGUAGCGCGCCCUCCAUUGCGAAACGGGGGAUCCACUUGCGAUCUAGCUGCAAAGAAGACGCGCUCGGGCCCAAUUUAUCUGUGCAGGCGUACGAGGUUCGCGCCACGGUCGAACGACAUUGGUACGCGUUUCGAAGACGAAGAUGAGCCAGAACGACACGCUGCCGGACUGGGGCCGGGUCGUCAUUGCCGGAGGUACCGACUGGCGGAACUUGGGACGAAAGCCACCUGGCGGGAAGGUGGCAUCGCCUGAUGCACCCGACCUGCCAGACCCGCAUAUCUUGAGAGAUGUGGCCAACCAGAAGAUGAAGAGGGUGUUCAGUGGUCACUCCGCGUGCCACGCAGUCUUCAUCAACACGCGCGGCGAGGCCUUUGUCCUCGGUCGAAACGAACACGGGCAGUGCGGGGUGCCCAUCCAAGCCGACGCAGGCGAGCCAAAGGGCACCACCGGGCCUGUCAUCUCCGUCCCCGUCAAGCUGCUACGGAGCCGACAUUUCACGCCCGAGCUCCCCAGAGGCCCCGACGGUGAAAUCGUGCACGUUGCGUGUGGACGCAACCACACCAUCCUCGUCACCCGAGGCGGGCAAGCGUAUGCUGCUGGUGCAAAUGCCUUGGGCCAGUGUGGAAAUGCAGACACAAUCGACUUGCAGGGCUUUCGUAAAAUUGAAGGGGCGCCGUUCAUCAAGGAAAAGGACCCCGUUGUCCAGGCCGGUGCGGGCGUUACCUUCAGCCUCGUCCUCACAGCUUCUGGAAAAGUCUAUGCCAUGGGAUCUUCCGAAAAGGGUCAGAUGGGCAAUGGAAAGACGGGAGAGCACUUUGUCACAAGCAACAAGCUGGCAUUCAACACCUUCACCGAGCCCAUCCUCGUUCGUGCCAUCUCGGACAAGAAGAUUGUCCAGAUCUCGUGUGGACAGCAGCACGCCAUUGCUAUGGAUGAGGAGGGAUUCUGCUAUGUGUGGGGUUUCGGAGGAUAUGGCAGACUGGGCUUGGGUCAGCAAACGGACAUGUUGACGCCCACGCUCGUCCCUCAAUUUGCUAGGGACAAUCAAUUGACACGGGCAGAGCAGGUUAUUGCCGGACCCACCAAUACCGUCGUCAUCGAUCGCCAGAGAAUGUACUGGCUCGCAGGCAAGUGGAAGACGUCGGGCGACGGUGGCGCCGGCCAGGGCUUCAUGACGUUCAAAUACCUUCCCGACCUGAUGGGAUGCAAGAUGCAACGCGCCGCCCUCGGAGGCGUCACGCUCAUCUGUACCGCUGACGAGGAGGCGACCGCCCGCGGCCCACACGAGGCGACGAUGAACAUCUGCUGGGGUCAGAAUGCGACCUACGGCGAGCUGGGUCUCGGUGUUGACAAGCCUCGAAGCGCGACAAAGCCUCAGCGCUGCGAGACGCUCGAUGGAAUCAGCAUCAUCGACCUGGCUGCGGGUCAGAACACAACGUACUACAUUGCGCGCAACCUUGGCGACAACUAUGCCGAAUUGCCGCGCUUCCCCGAGCUCGUCGAGUCGUCAGACGUGUGCCAGGUCUGCCAGUCGGAAAAGUCAAAGACGGGCGACGACGAUAAGGACGUGCUGCUCGAGUGCGAACGAUGCGAGCACCCGUACCACCUCCAGUGCCUCGACCCGCCGUUGGAUGCCGUGCCAGAGGGCGAAUGGCAGUGCCCAGUCUGCGUCGAAGACGGGGAGGCAUCCGAGGACGCUGACGCACAGGCUGCGAGCAAGAAAAAGGGUCAAAAGAAUGGAUCGGCAACAGCGGCGCCUGCAUCCUCAAACAAAAAGAGGGGCGCUGGAACAAUCCAGGAGGAGGCAAAGCCAAAGAAGAAGGGGAAGAAGUGAUGAACAAUUCGGAGAAGGCGAAGGGCUGGAAGAGGGCCGCAUUCGUCUUACUGCGAUCGCCUUCACCCUGCCUUUCCGCUGGGCAUCUGUCCCUGAUGUAUUCUAAGGAGUAGUCUUGCAUGAAUAGUGCUACAACAUGAUAUGUAAAGAACAAUAACAAUGGGUCGAUCCAGUCGACAUUC